CAGCUGUCAAAAACACGAAAAGGAAAACACAGUGGGGGUUAUGUUUGUUUAAGGCAGACCCUCCGUCAUCCCGUGGUGCCGUAUUAUGGACGAACUGAAGCUGAAAGCUGGAGAAAAGAUCGGUGCUUUACACGAAGCAGCAAAAUCAGCAGCGGGUAAUGGCCGGUCCCGGGUCGAGGAUGCUGUCAACCACACUGUCGAGGUCCUUAACAAGAUCCGCGAAGCAUUCAACGACAUCUGGCACCACGAGCUGAUAGCGGAGGGCCGGGACCGCAUCGCGGCCUGGACGAGAGACGCGGCCCAGCGGAUCAGAGACGGCACACCCCCUCUUUCUCCCGUUCUUCUGUAUGAGGAGUUGGUGGCGCUGUUUACAGAUCGAGUAUGGCGUCGCAGUAUGGUGAUAUUUGCUUGCGGCCUGGCGCUGGGUGGGGGCUGCGGGCUGGCCGUAGGGCUCCGCUGCGCGACCCACGUGCCCAGCGGGCCGCAUGCGCGCGCAUUACACGCGCAGAACGACCAGAGCGUCAUACUCGUUGAAGAUGCCACAGCGCCGGCGGCGGGCGCGGGUGAGGUGCUGAUACGCGUGCAAGCAUUCAGCGUGUGUCCGUGUGAUCGGGCGACAUUGCGAGGGCGCGGCGCGGUGUUGCGCGCGCUCUGCGGCCGGAGCCAGCCCGUCGUCGGUCGAGGGUUCGCAGGAGUGGUGCUCGACGUUGGAUAUGGCGUGGGGCACUUAGAGCUAGGUGACGAGGUGUGGGGCUGCGUCAGCGAAUGGAGCGGCGGCGCGGCCACCGAACUACUUACGAUACGCAGUACUCGAGUCAGCAAGCGGCCGCACGGCCUCGCAGCGGAUGCGGCGGCCUCGCUGCCGUGGGCCGGAGCCCUCGCCCUGCGCGCCCUUGAACGGCUGCGCUGUACAUCGGAAUGUAAGGGGAAACGCAUGGUGAUAUGCGGUGCGGCGAGCGGCGAGGGCUGCGCGCUAAUACAACUGCUGACUGCUCGAGGCGCACAUGUCUCUGUUCUAGCCCCCAGGAGAGCUAGGAACGCUUUACAGAAUCUGGGAGCGCAUGAAUACGUGGAGCUAGACGCCAACAACCACAGCUCGGCGUCCUGGGCGUCGCUCGCGCAGUACGGCGGCCGCGCGGGCCCGUGGGACGGCGUGCUGGCGUGCGCCGGCGCCGGCGCGCCCGCGGCGGACUGCUCGCCGGCCAGGGCUGCGCUCAAAGCGACAGCUGCGCGCGACGCAGUGGUGGAGCUCCGCCCCACCCCUCUGAUCACGGACCGGCUGCCCACCCCCUUGUCGGUCAUGUUCGCUGCGACCUUCUAUACGUUCAGGGUUUUCAGGUGGGUGCUCGGUUGUGGGACGCACACGGACUGGCUAGAAGAGAAGCAGAGGCUAUCGGGUGGUCUGACAUCUCUGGCUACACUAGUGAAUGAGGGCACACUGCGCCCUGUACUGGAUAAGGUAUACUUGCCACAGGACUUCGAGACUGCCCUGGCACACGCGUGCAGCGACGAGGCCCUAGGCACAACAGUCAUCAGGUUCCCUUAGAACCGUAUCCUGAUACUUGAAUACAGCUGAUACUUGAAUACCACGGAACGCACACAUACAUAGGUUGACCGGUUCGUUGCGUCUUCCAUUUUCGAAAACUUUUGGCUGUGGCGGGA